AUGGCUUUCCAUGUUGCCUUUGCGGCACUGGUUGAAAGCCAGUCAGCGAGCGCUUCCCCCUGUGGAAUAGAGCCAGUGCUAAGUCAGCAUCAACAAGAUGGAGAUGAGAUGGACUUCGGUGGAACGAUGCCAGAGUAUGUUUUGACAAUCCCAGAAGACAAGUUGAAGGUGCAGCAGGAUGAGAGUGAGCUCUCUGGAGAAGAAUUAUCAUUGGAGAUUGAAGAUCAGGAUGUGAAAGAACAAAAGCUGAUGCUGUUGAGCUUGGCCUGCUGCUCACUGGUGGAAGGAGCAAAGUUCGGGAACCCUCCUGGAGAGCUGCAGCAAGCAUUGACGCAAGUUUGCAAAAGUCUCUCAGAACACGACCCUGAAUUCAUCCUCAAGGUUGCCUUGUACACUCGCCAAGAGCUGAAUAUCCGCAGCACUGCCAAUUUCCUCCUGGCUCUGUCUUCUCGCAUUCUGCCCUGCCGUCCUCACCUUCGGCGCUAUUUCUGCCACGCGAUGCAGCUGCCAUCUGACUGGAUGGAGGUGGCCAGGAUCCAUCAGAGUCUCGCAGGGGGAGGAGAAAAGGUGGCUUCCAUGCCAUCCUGCCUCCGUGCUUCUAUGGCAGAUAAAUUCCGACAGUUUGACGCCUACCAACUGGCCAAAUAUAACACCCGCAAAAGCAGAGGGAAAAAACGUUGUCGGCGCAAGAUCAAGCAAGAGCUAGAAGUUUAUCCUGAGGAAGAAUUGGAAAAAUUCUCGACGACUAAGAAUUCAGUGAAGCUGAAAGAUCUCCAAAGAAUUGUAUCCAAAGAGAAGAACCAGGCGAAGUAA